CUCGGCUUAUCAGAUGGCAUCUCCAUCAGAUAAGAUUACCCACACCAACUUACAUCGCCAUUGCGCCUCCACCACCUUUCCACUUUGUUCCCCGCAGCGCCCCUCCUCCCCGGGUGAAUACGACACUUGUCGUCCCCGGUUUUCCACGGCAAUUGUCCCUGUCUUUUUUAAGCUUCCUUUACAGCCAAUUAGCCACUCGGCAGUCGCACAUCUGCGGAGACUUUGCGUCUGGAAUUCCCACUUGCGUUGGUAUGGCUGAGGUGCAGAAUGCUUGGCGGGGUUUGUGUAUAGAAGGAGGCUCUGCGCUGCAGGAUUGUGAGGGGUUUUCUUGUCUUCCUUCUCCUUAUUCUCUCUCCUAGAAACACAAGGGAAAGUUCAUCCUUGUCUUUGUACACACAAUGCCUCAGGACUAUCAGUCUCUCAACGACGUCGCUGCCCAAAUCUCGGAGCUGACGCAGUCACUUACAAAGUUGCUGGAAAAUGGCAAUGUGAAGCAGCCGAGCUUUGCGGCAGACAGUGUCACGCGAUAUGAAGGCUUGGACGGCGAGAUGUUCAUGACGAGACAGAAGCUCAUUGAUGCCAUUACCGAUAUGUGGUUUCUUACACAGGGACCCAGUGAGAGUAUCUUCAACUAUGCCCAUUCCGCUAUCCCAGACGCUUCUACCCUCAACAUCUUAAACUACUUUGAUUUCUGGGCUGCCGUUCCUUUGGACGGUACAGCUACAUACGCGCAAAUCUCCCAGAAAGUCCGUCUCCCAGAGGACGUCGUCUACCGACUGCUACAACAUGCCGUCAACCUUCGCAUUUUUGCUGAAGUUGAAGCGGAAGAUGGUUCCAAGUCCAUUGCGCAUAACUCUCGCUCAGCUGCCAUGGCCAAAUCGAGUGGCCUUCGCGGCUUAGUGUCUUGCACGCUGGACGACGCCGGUGCGCCUGUGAUGCUCAUGCACGAGUCUCUGCGAAAGUUCAAUCUUGAUAAGCCCAAGCUCACUGAGAACAUUGACGAGACGGCCUUUGCUCUCCUUCACAAGAAUGGUCCGUAUGGCAACCACACGCGUAUCUGGGACUUUGUCGAGAAUGACGGUGAGGGUGAGAGAAAAGGCUGGCGUCAGCGUCAAGUCAUCGAGUUUAUGAAGUACCUCAAGGCUCUGUUCAAUUUGGACGGUAUUGUGGCUGAUGCGCAGGACUGGAAGUCCGCCGGGGACGCCACUGUUGUCGAUGUAGGAGGCUCUGCUGGCCAUGAUGCCUUUGAGCUUGCCAGACGCUUCCCUGAUCUCAAGCUCAUCGUGCAGGAUCUUCCCGAGGUCGAGCCAGUCUUCAAUGCAAACUUGCCGGAAGACGUCAAGGACCGCGUUUCGUUCAAGGUGCACAAUUUCUACGAGCCUCAGCCCGUCCAAGCCGACAUUUAUCUUCUCAAGAUGAUUCUACACGACUGGCCUGAUGAGCAGAGCAUCAAAAUUCUUCAGGCGCUGCGCCCUGGACUACGCACCGGCUCCCGUGUCAUCCUGUUUGAAUACAUUGGCAACCAGAACGAGGAGAACAAGAAGAUCUUGCCUCGCACUAUGCAGCACAUGGGUACUGCUACGGACAUCCGCAUCAUGGGCCUAUUCAACUGCGAGGAGAGAAAGGUAGAGGCCUGGAGCAAGCUGUUUACUCAGGCAGAUGAAAGAUUCCACGUUGUCAACGUCAAGGCCGACCCGGUAACCUUUUUCGCGGUCGUCGAGGCUGAGUGGAGAGAGUAAAAAAAGCAAAAAGCAACGCGAUGAAUAUAUGAACGUUGAUUUUGUUGUGAAUUGUUCCUAUUGUGUCUUUAUACAUGCAAUGCUACGGCAUUUCGGUGCCAGAAUGCGCAUCUCUCACGUAGCUCAUCACCAAUAUCAAGCAUUUCCGUCUUUCCGCCCGUCUGGAAUACCAUGCGUUUUGUCGAAUUCGCUGACCAUCUCUCCCAGACUGUCUGAUCAGUCUUGCACUUUCGUCCAGCUCGGUUCGGGUUCAGGGAGCGGAUAAAGUUGGUCCAGUACUUUUGUACAACUGAUGACGCCUUUUCGUUAAUGCCGCCCUUGUAGUAACUCUUAGGCACCUUUGAGUCUGGAGAGAACUCUGGGCCAACAAUGGCACCAAACUCAACAGUGUGCGGAACACCGAGACCUUGAGCGAUCUCGUCGGGAUCUUCCACGUUCCAGAGAUACUGGUAGCUAUUGCGGACGCCGUAGCCUGAGAUGGCUGUACCAACAGCCAUUGCUGGGCACAUGUAGCGAGAUUCACCGUAUGCGUUGCUUGUUUCACGCCAGAAACAGCCCUUAUCACCACUAGUGCAGCUCAUGUUGGUGUUGGGGUAGAGGCUGUUCAUCUCCUCAAGUAGCUCGAGGGUGAAGAAGGGAUAUUGGUCGAGCAUGUACAUGUUGCCUUCCGCUUGUGUCGCUGUUGAUUGUGGGACAAACUUCGUUCCGCCAUUCUGGUCGUCGCCGUAGAUCACUGGUACUUUGAUAAACUUGCCCUGGUCAAGAAGGUUGUAAGUGUAGUCCGGGACAAACUCGCCAUCAAUGAGGGGAGUCCACAUGUAGCCGGGGGGCUUAUUGCCGCCAGGGAAGGGGAUGUUGUAGUUUUGCGCCUGCAGCUCGUCUUCGGUCUUGCUUUGAAGACACGAUAGACUGUCUUUGCCUACACAUCCAAAUCGUGUAGCAAAAGAGCGGUACUGGUACUCCGCUUCCUUUUCGGUAAGCAUGAGGGCAAAAGAGGGGGACUCGGCUGUUGCACCGAUAAAGAGGCCGCGAUCUUUGCCAUUGUCUGCUGUCAGAUGGAUAGUGACACUUUCGGCACCUGCACUGCUUCCUCCAAUCACCACAUGUUUUGGGUCACCACCAAACUUUGCAAUGUUCUUCUGCACCCAUUCAAAAACCUUGCGCUGGUCUCGUAGCCCGUUGUUGGCCGUGAUCUUGUUGCCGCCGUCGGAGAUGAAGCCGUACGGGCCUACGCGAUAAUUGAACGACACAAAGACCAUGUCAUAAUCUGCAGCGGGGAUAAGACCCGAGGCAUUGACAUUUGGGUUCGAGUUGGUGUUGAAGCCACCGCCGUGAAUGUAGACAAAGACGGGAAGCUUGGAGAUAACAGUAGCAUUAGUAGGGGCUUGAACGUCGACAAAUAGACAAUCUUCGCCAUGGUUGGCUUGCUUUUUAAGCUGCCCGGUUGAGAGGCAGAUGUUUCCAUGCUAUGAUUAAAGUUAGCACGACUUCAAUUGGCGCUGUGUUUACUUUGUCGUUACCUUGUUUGCUUGCUCUGUCGUGCCAGUGUGCGGGGGAUCUUCCGGCGGCGUAAAGCGAAGCUUACCCACGGGCGCCGCAGCAUAGCGCAUACCAAGCCAUUGAGUGAUGCCGUUGGAAAGCUCUUGUCCGACAUAUUUGGUGUAUCCCAAGUCCACGGUUGUUUUGGGAAUAGCCAGCGCGUGAGGCGCAAAGGCGGCGGUAGCGACAAGCCACGAUAGGGCGCUACGUGGAGAUGCGCCCAUGAUGGAUAGCGAUUGAAGCGUGUAUCUAGCGGAGAGGAUGGCAAUUGGUCCGAUAAAUGACAAUGUGAUGCUAAGCAAAGGACAGAAACCCGGUAUUUCCGAGGUUUUUCGAGAAUUAAAUUGACGGCGCCGGCAAAAGUCACGUCGCUGCUACUUUCCAAGGUUCAAUCUAAGCCUGGGGAAGUCCGUUAGGCCAUAGAGUCAACACUAAUCCCCUUUUGGUUGGGCGUCUUCACCACCACGGCUAAAAUGCACUUCUUCCAUUCACCUUGAUGGUUAAAUCGUCCAUCAAUCAACUGUCAGAUGCAUGCAAGUCAGAUCGCCGAUAAAGUUUUGUCCGGGAAUCGGCCGGGUGAGAAGAACGGUUGAAAUCCAUGCUGUCACCUGAAACAUCGUCGAAGUGAGAGACAACACAGGUGAUGCACGCGUGUGGCGAUGACCAGCAAGAGAAAAGCUGCCCAUGUCUGGUCGCGCUCGUUUAUAAACUUCUGUUUUGGGCCAUUCACAUAGAUAUGCACAUGCGAAACCAAUCGUAGUUGAC